AUGAACACAAUUUCUAUGGAUGCUGCUGAUCGGAUAUCCCAAUUGCCUGAACACAUCAUACACCACAUUCUCUCUCUUCUUUCAACGCCAGAGGUGGUUCGUCUUAGCGUCUUGUCCAAGACAUGGCAUCAGGUUUUCACUUCUUUUCCCAUAUCUGAGUUCUCCAGUUCCUCUUUUUUCGCAGAAAACUCUGAUCGGAGUUUGGAAUUUGCUACCUUUGUCCACAAUUCUUUGCUACGACAAUGCCGACAAUACAGAAGCAUACCAAAAUUUCAGUUUUCUGUCACCGAUCGUUAUUUCAGGACUUAUUUUUUUACUUUCCAACAGCCGCUGCAACCUCAACUGGCUAAACAUAUCAAUCGCUGUAUACGACUGGGUACACAGAAGGGUAUUAAGGAGCUUUCUAUCGACUUUUGUGUACCUGACUAUUAUAGACUACCCGAAGCCACCUUGUGUGUCAAAGAAUUGAUUGUUUGUAGGUUAGCUGGUUGUAUUCUCAACGGCCCCUUGAAUUGGCCUUCUCUUCGUGAGCUCUCCCUGAAACAUGUUAAAAUCUGUGACCAAAGGAUUUUUGACAAUCUCGUCUUUACCUGCCCUUUCAUCGAGAAAUUUGCUCUAGUAGAAUGCGGUGGGCUACAGUACCUUCACCUUUCAGGUUUAAGAAAACUCAAGAAGGUUAAGGUGAAGAGACAAUCUUUUCCGCUUAUGGAGAAGAUUGAGAUUGAUGUGGUUAGUCUUCAUACUUUCUCUUAUUCUCCAUUUUACUUUGAGAAGACUCAUAUUGAUCUGACCUCCUGCAAAAAUCUAGAGGUAUUUAAGUUUAAGGGUUGUACAGAAAGUUUUAGGAAAUAUCUAAAAAAUCUCAACCAAAUCAAGCGUGUCACUCUGUGUAUUUUCGGUUAUUACUCUUCUGGGAUCGAAAAAAUAGUCAGCGAGGUCUCCGAUCCUGUACAUCGUAUCAGUCACUUGAAGCUGAAAACCUAUAUCAUAGAGAAAAAAGGCCACUCUCUUGUUGAUGUCUUGUUUAGUAUUUGCCGUCCAGAAUCUUUAUUACUUGUUUCAGGCUGUGGAACCAACGAUGAGUUCAUAAAGAUUAUUUGCAAGAAACUAGUGCGGAGAGUGAAGCAUAAACAUUAUUGUGGAGGUAACCAUUUAAAUGGUUGGCAGCAUGACUUAAAAGGCGUCCAGAUCGAUCGUUGUGGAAGAAAUGGAUAUCGGAAGGUUGUUACAUGCGAUGCUUUCUUAGAUUCAUUGCAAACUCUUGAACCAAAGGAGACGAUUCGUUUUGAAUUCGAAUGGAGUUUCAAUUCUCUUCCUUAA